UUGGUUUUUUUUGUUUUUCUAAUUAAUUUUCUCUCUUGUGAGAGUGUUGCAUAUCCAUCUCACCGGGUAUAUAUUAUGAUAAUAUUUCACAUAUAAACUCUCUCUCUCUCUUCCUCUCUAUAUUUUGCAUCCUCUGUUAUUUUUUUUCCUUUUUGUGUUUCUCUCUGAGAAAGUGUGGUUUGAUUAUCGUAUUCCCUCGCUUCCUCAGACCAUCUUGGUUACGAAACGUCACCGUAUCGUGCGCAGAACACCUGUGAAUCAACUCCUUGUUGCCGUGCUUCGAAAGCUUGUUUCUCCAAGAUUUUGCUAUUUCAAGACUGAACGAUCUUUCUCGUUCUUCGAUUUGUUUUCUGAAGGUGAUCUGCUUGAAGAACUUUGAUUUGUGCAGAGGAUGAUUUCGUGCUGAAAAUAAAGGAGUUUGUUUCAGAGAUGAAACGGUCAAGAGAUGAUGUUUACAUGGGCUCGCAACUCAAACGCCCUGCCGUCUCGUCGCGCGGCGGCGAAGGGUCUGGCCAGCCCCAAAUGAUGGGAGGAGGUACCCAGAAACUAACAACAAACGAUGCCUUAGCUUAUCUCAAGGCGGUGAAGGACAUAUUUCAAGACAAAAGGGAUAAGUAUGAUGAUUUUCUUGAAGUCAUGAAAGAUUUCAAGGCUCAAAGAAUUGACACUGCAGGUGUCAUAGCAAGGGUGAAAGAGUUAUUUAAGGGGCAUAGGGAUCUAAUUUUGGGUUUCAAUACCUUCUUGCCAAAGGGAUAUGAGAUCACCCUCCCACUUGAGGAUGAACAGCCUCCAGUUAAGAAGCCUGUUGAAUUUGAAGAAGCCAUCAAUUUUGUGAACAAGAUUAAGACACGGUUUCAAGGAGAUGAUCAUGUUUAUAAGUCAUUUUUAGACAUUUUGAACAUGUAUCGGAAGGAAAACAAGUCCAUCACUGAGGUCUACCAAGAGGUUGCUGCACUUUUCCAUGAUCACCCAGACCUGCUUGUGGAGUUCACUCAUUUUCUGCCCGAUACUUCAGCUGCCUCUACUCAAUAUGCGCCAUCUGGUAGGAAUCCUAUGCACCGAGAGAGGGGCUCUCUCGUACCUCCAUUGCGACAGAUUCUUACUGACAAGAAGGAAAGGAUUACUGCUUCACAUGCUGACCGUGACCUCAGUGUCGACCGUCCUGACACAGACCAUGAUAGAAUAAUCAUGAGAGCAGACAAUCAACGGAGGGGUGGUGAAAAAGAAAAGGAGAGGAGAGAUGACAGAGACCGGAGAGAGCGAGAUGAUAGAGACUUUGACCAUGAUGGCAAUAGGGACUUUAAUGGCAUGCCACGUGUUCCCCACAAAAGGAAAGUUACCCGCAGAGUUGAAGACUCUGUUGCUGACCAAAUAAACCAAGGUGGAGAAGGUGCUGAAAACUAUGGAAUGCGGCCAAUGUCAUCUUCUUAUGAUGAUAAAAAUGCCUUGAAAAGUAUGUACAACCAGGAGUUUGUUUUCUGUGAGAAAGUGAAGGAGAAAUUACGACAGUCUGAUAGCUACCAGGAAUUUUUGAAAUGCCUUCAUAUUUAUAGCAAGGAAAUAAUUACUCGAACAGAAUUGCAAUCUCUGGUUGGAGAUUUAAUUGGAAAGUAUCCUGAUCUUAUGGACGAGUUCAAUGAAUUUUUGACCCGUUGUGAGAAGAUUGAUGGAUUUCUUGCUGGUGUUAUGAGUAAAAAAUCCUUGUGGAAUGAAGGACAUUUACCCAGAUCAGUGAAGAUAGAGGAUAGGGAUAGAGAUCGAGAUCGUGAAAGGGAUGAUAGGGACAAAGAUAGAGACCGGGAAAAUAGAGAGAGGGAUAGACUUGAUAAAAGUGGAGGCUUUGGCAAUAAAGAUGCAGUUAAUCAAAAGAUGUCUUUGUUCCAAAACAAGGAGAAGUAUAUGGCAAAGCCCAUUCAAGAACUUGAUCUCUCUAACUGUGAGCGCUGUACUCCCAGUUAUCGACUUCUUCCAAAGAAUUAUCCGAUACCUUCUGCAAGCCAGAGAACAGAACUUGGUGCAGAAGUGUUGAAUGACUAUUGGGUGUCUGUCACUUCGGGAAGUGAGGAUUAUUCUUUUAAGCACAUGCGCAAAAACCAAUAUGAAGAGAGUCUAUUCCGAUGUGAAGAUGACAGGUUUGAACUGGACAUGCUGUUAGAGUCUGUAAAUGUAACAACUAAGCGUGUGGAAGAAUUGUUAGAUAAGAUCAACAAUAAUACUAUCAAAACAGAUAGUCCAAUUCGUAUUGAGGACUACUUCACAGCUCUGAAUCUUAGAUGCAUUGAACGUUUAUAUGGUGACCAUGGGCUUGAUGUGAUGGACGUAUUGAGGAAGAAUGCAACUCUUGCUUUGCCAGUUAUACUAACUCGCUUGAAACAGAAACAAGAGGAGUGGGCUAGGUGUCGUUCUGAUUUUAAUAAAGUUUGGGCAGAAAUUUAUGCCAAGAACUAUCACAAAUCUCUUGAUCAUCGCAGCUUCUAUUUCAAGCAACAGGACUCAAAGAGCUCGAGCACAAAGGCUUUAUUGGCUGAGAUUAAAGAAAUUAGUGAGAAGAAGCGGAAAGAGGAUGAUGUGCUUCUUGCUAUUGCUGCUGGAAAUAGACGACCUAUCAUUCCAAACUUGGAAUUUGAGUACCCUGAUUCAGACAUUCAUGAAGAUUUGUACCAGCUUAUCAAAUAUUCCUGUGGAGAAGUUUGUACAACUGAACAGUUGGAUAAGGUUAUGAAAAUUUGGACAACCUUCCUGGAACCUAUGCUUGGGGUUCCUUCUCGGCCCCAGGGUGCAGAGGACUCUGAAGAUGUUGUGAAGACUAAGAGUCAUGCUGCCAAGAAUGGUGCUGCAAGCAUUGGAGAAAGUGACGGGAGUCCUGGUGGUGGUGCAAGUGCGACAAACACCAAACAGAUUAAUUCAUCUAGAAAUGGAGAUGAAACUAUUCCACCUGAGCAAUCAAGUUCUUGCAGGGUUUGGAUGGUAAAUGGAGAUAAUGGGGUUAAAGAAGAUGGUUCUCUUGAUGCAGACCGUAUGCCACGUAAGGCUGAUACUUUUUGUGCUAGUACUCAACAAGGGAAAAUGCAGACCAGUGCUGCUAUGGCUGAUGAAAUGUCUGGGGUCAGCAAACAAGCUACUUGUAAUGAACGGGUGACCAAUUCAAAUGCCUCCCUUGCUAGUGGAGCAGAGCAGAGUCAUGGAAGAACCAACAUGGAAAAUACGUCAGGACUUAAUGCUACUCCUUCCAGAGCUAGUAAUACUGCUCUUGAGAGUGGGCUCGAAUUGAGACCAAGUAAUGAAGUUUUACCUUCAUCAGAGGUUGGUGAUUGUAUCAGACCAACUAUAUCUACAAAUGGUGUGAUGACAGAAGGUGUCAAAGCUCACAGAUAUCAUGAAGAAUCUGCUGGGAACUCAAAAAUUGAAAGAGAAGAGGGUGAGUUAUCUCCAAAUGGAGAUUUUGAGGAGGAUAAUUUUGCAGUCUAUGGGGAUGCCGGUGUUGAAGGUAAAUCAAAGGAUACUGCUGCAAGCAGGCAAUAUCAAACCAGACAUGGAGUGGAAGAAAUAUGUUGUGGAGAAGCUGGGGGAGAAAAUGAUGCUGAUGCUGAUGAUGAAGGUGAGGAAAGUGCUCAGAGGUCAUCAGAAGACAGUGAGAACGCUUCUGAGAAUGGUGAUGUUUCAGGAAGUGAAUCAGGUGAGGGUGAGGAAUGCUCUCGUGAAGAGCAUGAGGAAGAUGGGGAUCAUGAUGAGCAUGAUAACAAGGCUGAGAGUGAAGGUGAGGCUGAAGGAAUGGCUGAUGCACAUGAUGUUGAAGGAGAUGGAACAUUGUUACCAUUUUCAGAACGUUUUCUACUAACUGUGAAGCCUCUUGCAAAGCAUGUUCCUCCAUCUUUACAGGACAAAGAGAAAAACUCUCGGGUUUUUUAUGGAAAUGAUUCUUUUUAUGUGCUUUUUAGGCUUCAUCAAACACUGUAUGAGAGAAUGCAGUCAGCAAAGCUCAAUUCAUCUUCAGGUGAAAGGAAAUGGAGAGCUUCAAGUGACACAAAUUCUACUGAUUUGUAUGCCAGAUUCAUGAAUGCACUUUACAAUUUACUUGAUGGUUCUUCUGACAAUACAAAAUUUGAGGAUGAUUGCCGAGCAAUCAUAGGAACUCAGUCAUAUGUUCUAUUUACAUUAGAUAAGCUGAUAUAUAAACUUGUCAAGCAGCUGCAAACAGUUGCAACAGAUGAGAUGGACAACAAGCUCCUCCAACUUUAUGCAUAUGAAAAAUCAAGAAAGCCUGGGAGAUUUGUCGAUAUGGUUUAUUAUGAAAACUCCCGUGUUCUUCUUCAUGACGAGAACAUUUAUCGCAUUGAGUGUUCGUCUGCUCCCACUCAUUUGACCAUUCAGCUUAUGGACAAUGGGCAUGAUAAGCCUGAAGUGACUGCUGUUUCCAUGGACCCUAAUUUUGCAGCUUAUCUUAACAGUGAUUUCCUUUCAGUUGUUAAUGAAAAAAAGAAAUCUGGAAUUUUUUUGAGGAGAAACAAGCGCAAAUAUGCACGAGGAGACGAGUUUUCUGUUGCGUGCCAGGCCAUGGAAGGACUUCAAGUUGUCAAUGGUCUUGAAUGUAAGAUAGCAUGCAGUUCAUCCAAGGUAUCAUAUGUUUUAGACACAGAAGAUUUCUUGUUCCGAGUGAGGAAGAAACGGAAAACUUCAGUGAGGAAGAGUUCAUGCCAUGACCAGGCAAAGUCUUCAAAUGGCUGUUCAGUUAAUGGAUUCACAGAUUGCUUUCUUCCUCCUAAUCUGCCCUGCUGUGACUCUUAAAAGUAGAUACGCCUUUCUCUCACACAUUGGAUACACUGGCUCUGAAAGUGGAAAGUCAUUGGUGCUGCAGGUGUAAAAGACAUCUUGGAGCUACUUUAAUGUACUCUUUUAUUUCUCACCGACCAAAUAAAGAAUGAAGGGAAGGGAAAGUGAAAUGGCUCAAAAGAUUGUAGUAUACUGUAAGUUUUGUGGCUGGCAUUUUGAGCCACAGUCUUGUAAAUAGGAGGGGUAUUUGUGAUGUAAAACCUGAGAUAUAUGUUCAUUCAAUUCAUCAACUUUUCUUUAUUAGUCUUUUUGCUUAUAAACACAAACACAAGGCCCGCCCUUUUUAGUGCAAUUCAUGUUGACCCUUUCUGGUCCUUUAAAUC